UGACAAGCCCAAGAUAUGAUAUAAGAAGACAUAACCCUAAAAUUACUUCAAAUGCAAAUGAAAACAAAGCAUAAUAUAUAUAAUAUAUAACUUUCAUAUUAUAUUUCCUCUCAAUAAAAUAUUUACUAUAUACUUUUAGUAGAUCAGCUUUAUAAGUUUUAUAUCUUCUGAGUAAUAAUGGUGGUUAUUGGUUAGAAUCCAGUUCGCCUUGAUGUGUUUGACAAAGACCUUCUUCUCAGAAAGAAAUAUAAAGGAUCAGAUGCUAUUAGAAAUAGACUACUGAAAUCAUUGUCAUGCUCAAUUUCAACUAAUGCAAUGAGUUCUCAGCACAAGAAAAUUGGUAAAUUCUGUAAAUAUCCCUUUUGUGAGACCACUUCUAAUAGAAUGAUUAGACAGCCUUCCCAUUACAGCAAGAAAAAUUUUUACAAAUUUCCCAAAGAUUCUCGAUUAGCAAAAUGGAAAAAAGUUUGUAACAUUCAUCCAAAUGUUAAAUGUACACAUUUUUAUAUUUGUGAAGAUCAUUUUUUACCAUCAGACUUCAUGCUAAAUUGUCCAAUUAAAUUGAAUAGCAAAGCCAUUCCUAAGGAAAGAUCAAUGCCUGAAGAAAUCAAAGAGCACAAUUAUGCAGUUUCCCCUAAGGAUUUUAUUUCCACUGAGCAAAGUCACAAAAAGAAAUAUGAAAAAAAUACACAAAUGCAUAUCAAUUGGGCAAGAGCUUCAACGGAUGAUAAAAUUAAUUUCUUGAAUUCUUUUUUUGAAAAUCAAGAAAAUUUGAUGUGUGCUAAACCAAACUCUCAAAAAUCUAUCAAACAAGAUGAAGCAUCUCCAAAUUUCAUCUGUUCAGAACAAAGUGAGUUAAAUGUUAAAACAAUGAAGUCAUCUAGGGAUACCAAAAAUGAUUGCAUCAAUGGAUAUAAUUCUUUGAAUAUUAAUUUUUUUGAGAAUGAACAAACACUUAUUGAUAGCAAAUCAUUUCAUGAAAAAACUUUGAAUACACGCCCUUAUGUACAACCAAAUUCUUUAACUGAUCUAACUAUUAUUGAUGGCUCUUUAAUAUUAUUUUUACCAGUUCAAGUAGGACUGCCUCCUUCAGAAAGUAAUAUGGAUAUUUCAGAUAAUUCUGCAUUUCAAAAUUAUACUCUAGAGAAAAAUAAUUCAGAUUUGCCAUUUCAAAUCACGUCAGUUUAUUCUUUGAGUGAUUCAAAAAGCAGGGAAACCAAUUAAAAACCAGGACAUUUGGGAAUAUUUCAAUGAUGCCAGACAUCCUAUCAAACUUCAUAUAAAUGCAAUUCCUAGAUCUCUAUCAAAAGAUGAACACAAUUAUGCUCAUCAAAAGACUUGUCUACUAAAUGAUCAUAAUUAUGCUGUCAAUUCAAAUGAGUGAAUAUAUAUUUGUUAAUUUAGAAUGUACAAAUUAGUUUGUGUGAUUAUAAUAUAAUAAAUUCAUAACAUUUUUAA